CAAAGGUGUAAUUUUCUUCUACCAGAUCAAAUUUGCUCGUAAAGUCUUCUCGCAUCGUUAUUAUACAAUUUUCUUCAUUUCCUGUAGAAAUGCGUCGUGAAUUUAUAUUAGUGUUGUUAGGAAUUAUAUGUAUAUCAACUAUAUCCUCUCUUUUAUCAGGAUAUGUUCAAAUAGAGUCUGAUAAAGUGCUAUUAGAUACGGUAGUAGGUUCGGUGGGUGCUGGCAAUUUUUCAUAUUGGCAGUUGGGGCACAUUGGGCCGCUGCUGGUGGAACUGACGUCUCUGACAGGCGACGCGGACCUUUAUGUUGCUGAUACAAUCAGGCCAAGUUAUGAGGUGGAUCGGAACAACUUCAGCUCUGUGACCUGUGGCCCCGAUCUCGUCAACAUCCCCACUGACUUCCCGCGCCCUGUGGGUAUCGGCGUGUUCGGGCACUGGUCACACGCGCAGUCCGACUACAGCAUCCAAGUGUUCUUAACGGCACCAGCACCACGCACUCACGCUUAUCUUGAAGACACAAGGCAGCAUGAGAGAACAGAAGUGGAAAAGCGACGCGAGAAACGGAAAGGCGAGGAGGAGGGCAAACCACGCUUCCUGAAGCUGCUCAGCAUACUUGACAUGAUUUUUGACAUGUUCGUGUUGUAGGAGUUAGACCGACUGUUAUAUUAUAACUAUAAUUAGACUCCGAAAGGGUUCAUCCAUUACGUCACACGAAUUUCGAGGUUUUUAUGACCCCUCCCCCCCUCCUUGUCACACUUGGUCACAUUUGACCCUCACCCCUGGUGUGGCGUCUCAUUUUUUUCAAUGAAAUCGGCAAAUCGAAUUAAUUAUUAUUAAUAUUUUAUCAAAAUAUUUUUUUACAAAAGAAAUAUUAGUAAUUUUAUAACUCAAAACAGAUUAAGAAAGAAAAUUAAACGAUUAAAAAAGUAUCGAUCAACAUGUCACAUUUUCUUGACCCCCCCCCCCCCCUAAACGUGUGAUGUAAUUAAUGGAUGACCCCAAAUGGCUUCAUUAUGCGUGGUCCAACACGCACUCGACCGAAAGCGCUGGUGGCCUAGCGGUAAGAGUGUGCGACUUGCAAUCCGGAGGUCGCGGGUUCAAACCCCGGCUCGUACCAAUGAGUUUUUCUGAACUUAUGUACGAAUAUCAUUUGAUAUUUACCAGUCGCUUUUCGGUGAAGGAAAACGUGAGGAAACCGGACUAAUCUCCAUAAGGGCUUAGUUUACCCUCUGGGUUGGAAGGUCGGCAGUCGCUUUCGUAAAAACUAGUGCCUACGCCAAUCCUUGGGAUUAGUUGCCAAGCGGACCCUGAGCUGUGGCAAAAAGCCGGGACAACGCAAGGAAAAUGAUGAGUUAUCUAUUUUACAAGUAAUUUAACUUGCCCUGUUAGUAUGUACUAUAUUUAAGUCAAUCAUAAGUCAUUUUACACUACAAAGGGUAAAAACGGGACCCUAUUACUAAGACUCCACUGUCCGUCUGUCUGCCUGUCACCAGGCUGUAUCUCAUCUCAUGACGUUUUAGCUAGAUAGUUGAAAUUUUCACAGAUGAUGUAUUUCUGUUGCCGCUAUAACAACAAAUACAAAAAAGUACGGAACCCUCGGUGGGCGAGUCCGAGCUCACUCCAUACAUCGGUUUUGUUACCAAAAAGUUUUCGGUUACUCUGGUUAUAAUAUUAGCUGAAAAUCGUUGAGCAUUAGACUUUUCAAAGAGGAUAUAAUAAGAUAGAGCGGUACUGUCAUAGUAAAUUUUGUAACCAUUGUAAGUUCACUGACAUACUUAAAACUAAAAAUGAAGAUUUAUAAAAAUACGUUAAGAUGUAUUUAAAUAUAGAUAAAUGAUUUUUUUAUUUGCAUUUAUUAUUUUUAUAUGAUUUUGACCCAUGUUCUUUCACUGAUAUGCGUUAAAUAAAUAACAAACGAAACCGUCAACGCCCUCUAUACGAGAGUAGGCCAAAACUAGUGGCGCCAUCUGAUCGAGAAUCAAAUUUUCGUGAUUUUCGAGGCACGUUUUUUGGACUUUUUGUUUCGUCGAGUAGCAGUACUGAUAAUUCCGCUACUUCACGCUAGAUAUCACGAAAAUAAUAGUCUUUUUGGUAACAAAACCGAUGUAUGGAGUGAGCACUCUAUGUUUUCUUAAUUCUCUUUUAUAGUAGAUAGGCUAUGUGAUACAAUGCAAUCUCAUUGAGUUUGGGUUUGUUAGAAUCGUCCCUAAUAGUACCUAGACGUUUAGAUUUUGUUACUUCAGAGGGCCUACC